AUGGGCCAGAAAAGAGCUCGCGAUUCAAAGGGGCAGGCGCCCGAGUUGAAAAAGCGCAAGAAGGCCGCGAAAUCCGGAGCAACCACAGGCGCGGCUUGGGAUGGAGUCGUUGGCAUCGAAGACCUGAACUGGAAGGAAGUUUCCUUGCCAGACCGUUUGGAAGAUGCCACUGGAUUCCUCGGACUGGAAGAGAUUGAUGGAGUGGAUGUUGUCCGAGCUUCGGAAGGAGGGGAUGUCCAAUUCAAGGCCAAGGAAGGUGCAGGAAGAAAGUCGAUCCUCAAGAAGACCUAUGUUGAAGACGAUGGUGAGGAGUGGGGUGGCAUAAGCGACGGUGAAUCGACUGAGCCCGCGACCGCUAUUGCAGAAACCGAUGGACAAUCCCAAUCAAUCGACAAGAAAGCCAAGCAGUCGGAGAAGAAGAAGAAAAACAAGGGAUUGAACGGGAAGGAGGCGAAGCUGAAGGACCCCAAGGUCAAGGAAACCAAGGCCAAAGAGGCACCCGCAAAACAGGAUCAAAAUCUCAAGACAGGGUUAUCCUUUGCGGCGCUCGAGGAGGCGGAAGAAGAUGGGGGCGUUGACGUUUCUGCGUGGGACACGCUGGGCCUGUCUCCGGAAACUCUCACGAGUCUGUCAAAACUCAAAUUCUCUUCACCAACCACUAUACAGAGCUCCUGCAUUCCUGCUAUAUUGGACGGCCAUGAUGUGGUUGGCAAGGCCUCAACGGGAUCCGGUAAAACGCUGGCCUUCGGCAUUCCCAUCCUGGAGCACUAUCUCGAGACCCGGAGCAAAAUUGAUGCCGAAGCCAAGAAGACCGAGACUACGCCCAUGGCUCUUAUUCUCUCCCCCACACGAGAGUUGGCGCACCAGCUAGCCAAGCAUAUCGGAGACCUCAUCACCAAUGCCCCUGACGCCGAUGCACGUAUUGCUCUGUUGACCGGCGGUUUGUCGAUUCAGAAACAGCAGAGACAGUUGGCUAGUGCCGACAUUGUCAUCGGUACCCCGGGACGUGUGUGGGAAAUCUUGAGCACUGGCACUGGAUUGAUCCGCAAGAUGCAGGACAUCAAGUUCUUGGUGGUUGAUGAAGCCGACCGCCUGCUUAGCGAGGGACACUUUAAAGAAGUUGAGGAAAUCCUGGGUGCUCUGGAUCGACAGGAGCAGGGUGAUUUCCCAGAUAUGGACGAGGAAGCGAAGACCGAGGAUGAAGGAUCGACGGAGCGUCAAACUCUGGUCUUCUCGGCCACUUUCCACCGUGAUCUACAACAAAAAUUGGCUGGCAAGAGCCGUUGGACAGGGGGAGACAUCAUGGAUAAGAAAGAAUCCAUGGAGUACCUGCUCAAAAAGUUGAACUUCCGGGAAGAGAAGCCCAAGUUCAUUGACGUGAAUCCUGUGCAGCAGAUGGCGGAGGGUCUUAAGGAGGGUAUUGUUGAAUGUCCUGCUAUGGAGAAGGAUCUAUAUCUCUACGCGCUUCUUCUCUACUACCCGAAACAUCGCACCCUUGUCUUCACCAACUCCAUUUCCGCGGUCCGCCGUCUCACCCAAUUACUGCAGAACCUGCAACUCCCUGCCCUCGCUCUUCACUCAUCUAUGGCACAAAAGGCACGUCUGCGCUCAGUGGAACGAUUCUCCUCGCCUACGUCAGAUCCCAGUUCGAUCUUGGUGGCCACAGACGUUGCGGCUCGUGGUUUAGAUAUCAAGGGUAUCGACUGUGUCAUCCAUUACCAUGCGCCCCGUACGGCUGAUGCAUACGUCCAUCGAUCCGGACGUACUGCCCGUGCGGGUGCCGUCGGCAAAAGUGUGAUUAUUUGUGCCCCGGAAGAGGUUGUCAGCGUCGCCCGUCUCGCUGCUAAAGUCCACGCACAAAAUGCGAAGAAAGGACCUGUCAAGAAGCUCCCAUUGGAGUCUCUCGACAUCGAUCGACGGGUAGUUUCUCGCGUGCGUACUCGCAUCGAGCUUGCUCGGAAGAUCACCGAUUCCACCAUUGCGAAAGAGAAGAUUUCCGCCGAGGACAACUGGCUACGCGCUGCGGCCGACGACCUUGGUGUUGAAUACGACAGUGAAGAAUUUGACGAAUCCCAGGGUAAAGGUCGUGGGCGUGGUGGCGGUCGUCACCAGAAAGAAAAGGAGGCUGGAAGUAUCACCAAAGCGGAAUUGGGGGCACUGCGUGCGGAAUUGAAGCAUCAGUUGUCACAAAGAGUGAACAUUGGAGUCAGUGAGCGCUACUUGACGGCAGGACGCAUCGAUAUAGAGGCGCUCCUGCGUGGCGAGGGCAAUAAUUCGUUCUUGGGUCAUUUGGAUCCAUUAGACUUCUAG